CCCUGCAGCGGAGUUAUCCUGCUUCCUCCACAUCAUGUGGCAGGACCCCCCAGGUUGGGAACGCCACGCUUCGCAGAGAGGUGGUGGCGCUCUGUUUCUACACAACCCCACCACCGGCGAGUCCGAGUGGUUCACCGGAUGGGUGCAGAAAACCUCGAAGUGGUACGGCCGCAAGUACUGGUUCCAGCCGACCACGGGCCGGGCGGAGUGGGAUCUCCCGCCCUCGGUAGCAGCAAGCAAUUCGAGUUCAACCUCGGCCGCGGCCGCCCCCGCUUCCUCCGGUGGGCAACAGCAGUCCCCGUUUGUGCAGCAGCAGUCCUCCGACGUUCCGGCCCCCAGCAACGACAAGGUCAAGAGCUGGAAGGAGAAAAUCCUAGCAGCCAAGGCGAAGGCCAACGCUGCCGCCUCAACAGAAGCUCCGCCACCGCCGCCGCCGCCGCCCCCGCCGCGUGCGGGGGCAGCAGCGAAUGACGAUGGGGAUUCAUCGGGGGACGACAUGGAAGUCGAUGCGGAUAUCGCGGGAGGGGUGGAGCUGCUGUCGCCCUCGGACAUCGCCCCGGCGGCGGACAUGCUGCUGGAAGACGUGCCGUCCGUGUCCCUCCGGAGGGAGGAGCUCAGGAAGGACUGCCUGCAGAGGUUCGCCGACGUGAACGAGGAGUACGGGAAGAUGAUCGGCUACUCCAAGACCUGCCGCAGCUGUAGGGAGGACGGGAUGGUGGUGGGCUUGAGCGGGAUGUUUGGGAGGUGCGCGCCCCCGGAUCCCGUGUUUCCUAGCCUCGAAAAUGAGAUCGAUGAAAAGCUCGUCAAAGAGCUGGUAGAGGGCAAGAGGUCCCAGUCGCAGGCGAAGAGGGUGUUACAAGAGUUGUCGAGCGUUUGCAGGGCGGCGUCGGUCGAGCUGGAAGUCAUGCUACAGGCAGAGCUUCCCGGGCUGCAAUCGCACGUUGUUGUCCUCGAGGAGGAGGUGCCGACACCAAAAGGAAACAUGGGCUGGCGUCCGGUGACGGGUAAGGGCGCCCGCGUUCCCGGCCCCAACCCUAACUCCUCCUACAGGCUGCGAUACGUACCCGCACCCGCCGGCCAGACGUCAGGGCGGCGAGAGGCUUGCUUCGCCAUCACGGGGGCGCACCUCCACAAGACGUGGUCGGCGUACUGCCGGUGUGUGGGGGGGGACCCGCCGGUGUGGGACCGCAACUUAGUGAGUGAUUUUGGGGGAAAGACGUGGCGAUGA